AUAUCAUAUCUUUGUUCGCCAAAAUGUCGCAGCGACUUGCGGGUGGUAUUAUUAUUUUGUCAAAAAUUUCAUGAUUGUGGACAAUUUAAGAAGCCAAAAUGAAGAAAGAAUUCCGAAUUCUUAUCUGGUUUUUCGUGAAAAAGUAAAAUUAAAAGUCUCUCAUAUCAUUGUGUCGCGUAAUAAACAAAUAAAUUCGCACUAGACAAACCAUCGACGACGGUACAAUUUUUUUUUUAACCAAAUUGUGAGCAAUAUUUUUAUCGAGUAUUAUUGUCGUAAAAAGGAAUCUAACGAAAGAUAAAAUAUUAGUGAUGGGUGCUAAGCCCAGUACAGCGAAUGGGGGACAUCAAGGUUCUAGAGAACGGGCCUUCUCAACAAGCAUGCAUACUACAAACGAUAGACAAAGGGCAAGAAGUUUAUCUUCGGUUCCAGAUUUACAAGCUAGUCAUAAUAAUCACGAAGCAAUGUCGAUACCACCAAAUGCCGUUGCUACACAGUCUGUUAGCCAUGAGGAUAAUGCAAGUGUAAAUGCAAUUGCUUUAGGCCGAUUCACAGCUACUUCCUUGCCUUCUCACAUAUGGUCUUGGAAUGGCAUCAAAUGUCCGGUGUGCAGCAAAUUUGUAUUGCCAGAUGACAUCGAGUGUCAUUUAGUUAUGUGCCUAACCAAACCUCGUUUAUCAUACAACGAGGACGUCUUAACCGAUGCCAAGGGAGAAUGUGUUAUAUGUUUAGAUGAUUUAAAUGCGGGAGAUGUUAUUGCUAGGUUGCCAUGUUUAUGUAUCUACCACAAAGGCUGCAUAGAUAAAUGGUUUGAGGUAAAUCGUUGCUGUCCAGAACAUCCUGGUGAUUAGUAUAGCCAAGUAAAAUUAUUUAUAGGGAAAAUGAAAAGGGAAGAACGUUUAUAUCUAAAAACCAAGAAAACAAUUACACACCUCAAGCCAUUUUUUUUUACAUGAAAUUGAAUUAAAAUAAAAACAAAACAAAACAAAACAAAACGAUAGUCAAAUAAUUUAUAAUCCACGAAAACGAAAGUAAAUUUCAACAAAAUGUCAACAAAAAGGAAAUGAUUUUAAUAAAUCAUUAAACUUAAGAAAAAAGUAAUAAUAAUAAAAAAAACCAAGAAACAAACGGCGGGUCACAUAUUUUCGCUGCGCUAUCAAUCAAUAUUUUAUUGCAAAAAUAAAAUAAGAAAAAUUAACAUAAAUUAAUUCUUAAAAAAAAGUAAAGAAAAGAAGCCUCAUGCUGCUAAUUAUAAUCCGAAAUUUCAUGUGUUGAAGUUAGUUUUAAAUGGUAAAAAAGAAGAAGAAAGGAAGCAAACAACAACUAAAAAUGAAAAUAGUUUUUUUUGUCAACUGUGGUUUUUUCUAGAGAUAGUUGACGCAAUAAUGAGACUGUUUUAAAAUAAUAAUAAAGAUAAAGAAAGUAAUUUUUAAGGGAAGUAAUAAUUAAAAAAAAGAAAAAAAAUUAAAUUAAAUUAAUGGAAAACUAAAUGUUGUUUUUAAAUCUAAUAAUGUAAUGAGGCAACACGUUUUUUUAAUUUUGUUUAGGAUUUUUUUUUUUUAUUAAAACAAAAAAACAAAACAAACAAACGAGUAAAUGCGAAAGUGAUUUUAAGUGUGUUUUGGCUCAACAACAGUACUAAUUUAACCAAACCAUAAAAUAAAGUAAUGUGUAAUUAUAGUAAAAAAAAACAUGAUAGCAUGUUGUGUACGCAUGGUAUCUUCUGGUAGUGAAUGGAUUAAAAUAAACAAAAAAAAUGUAAAGAGAAAGAGAGAAAUAACAAAAGUGUGAUGUGACACAGAAUUGAAAUUUUAAAUUUAAAGUUAAAUUAAAAAAAUGAAACGAAAGAAAAAAGAAAUUUGUUAAGGACCGUUGAAUGUUUGUAUAUUUACGCGAAAUGAAAUGGCUAAUCCAAUUUUAACGAGUAUAUAAUUUUUAUUUUGAAUGUUUUUUAAAUGUAUAAAAUAAAAAACACAAACAAAAAAAAUAUUUAAAGAAAAAUAAAUAAAUACAAAAAUAACGACCAAGGAUGAUUCUGUUUUUAUUAAUUAUUAUUAAUUUUUUGAUUGUUUUUUUUAUUAAAUUUGAAAGUUUUUUAAACGAAACAAAUUUUUCUUUUUUAUUAUUAUUAACUAUUGAAUAUUGGUGACUAUAUUUACCGUGACUAUUUAACUCUUUUUUUUUGAACAUAAUAAAUUGUAAAUAAAUGUUAAUUUGAAGGAAACAAAAACUAAAAAAAUUUAAUAUUUUUUUUACUUUUUACAAACACAAACAAAUGCUGCAGUUUUGUUAAAAAUUCUAUUAAUUUUUAAACUUAUUUUUUAAAAAAUAUUACAAAAAAUGGAGAAAAAAAAUUAAUAGCAAGUGAUAUAUAUUGACUAAUCGUGGAGUAAGAUUUUAAGGAUUUUUACUGUGUAAGGAUGAUGAUGUUAUGUAAUUAUAAAUCAAUAAAUUAAACGAAA